AUGACGGGCCCAUCCGCACCGAAACGUACUUUACCCACGACCCCGGACCACGUCCUGCCUCUGCUCGCACGCAACUGCCGCGACGAGCGCUCGGGCUACGUCUCGUUCGCCCUCAAGCCCGAGAUGAGCCGCUACCAACGGCCGUUCACCACGACCACGUACGGGUCCAUGCCCGUUCGCCCGUGCACCUCCCGCAAGAGCAGCGGCCUCCCUCUCGUCCCUCGCCCGCGCGAGUCCGACGCCUUGCUUGGCAGUAGCAAUAGUAGCAGCAGUAGUGACCACCCGAGCGAGACCGAGAGCGACAGCGACAGCAGCAGCUGCACCACGUCCACAUCCCUCCAGUCCAUUCUGCGUUUCCCGUCCACCGACUUUUCAUGUCGCAGCUUCAAGAAACACGCAUCGGUCGAGUUCGCCCUCGAGAUCCUUCCCGACGAUGACGAAGACAAUGGAGAUGACGACGUGAAGCGGAGGAGACUGGCCGCGCGCUGUCUGCCGCGUCGCUUGACCCUCGAAGAGAAGACGGCGCUAUACCAAGUGCGGCCGGACCUGGAGCUCGUGCCGACGGUGCUGCUUCUGUCGGAGCUCGAGGAGCUCCAGCGGCGGCGUCAGCGCAAACUCAUGGUCUCGCUCCUGGGCGCGUCGCUUGUCUUGCUCAUGAUGAUCGUCUUCUACUACCUCGUGGCGCAGAUGUAA